AUGAGAUUGCAGUCAUGCUCUUCUCCAUCUAAUGUGGAUGAGAUAAAAGAAUUUGGAGACUGGAUAUUGAAUGUUGGUAAUGGGGAUGUUGGGGAAGACAAUGAUGGUGAAGCUUCGAUAGAGAUUCCAGAUGACAUGUUGAUUGGUGAUUCAGAAGAUCCAUUCACAGACCUACUCGAAUUCGUUUACCCGGAUUUGUUGAGUAACAUAGAGGAGAAGGUGUACCUGAGCUCAGAUAGUAUGUGUAGGGACGAGCAAACAACGGAGGAUAAUGCAGAAAUUUAUUCGACUGAAUUCCUCAACACAAUAAGAUGCUCCGGAGUUCCUUCUCAUGCGCUGAAGAUCAAGGUUGUUGCACCCGUUAUGCUAAUAAGAAACAUUGAUCAAGCUAGCGGAUUGUGCAACGGUACCAAACUUCAAAUAAUUAGAACAGGCAUUCACGUUCUGAGUUGCAAAAUUCUUUCCGGAAAAAAUAUCGGUGACAUGGUGUUCAUUCCUCGGAUGACUUUAAUACCAUCUAACUCCGGACUGCCAAUUAAAUUUCAGAGAAGACAAUAUCCGUUGAUUGUUUCUUUUACAAUGACGAUAAAUAAAAGCCAAUGCCAAACUCUUUCGCAUGUUGGUUUGUAUCUUCCUAGGCCUGUUUUCAGCCAUGGUCAACUGUAUGUUGCACUGUCCAGAGUUAAGAGCAUACGUGGCAUUAAGAUAUUCAUCAAGUCGGAUUCCGGUGAACUCACCAAUGUUACUAGAAAUGUCGUGUACAAGGAAGUAUUUCAUCGAAUUUGA